UGGCGGCCGGCGCUCGCGGGGCUCCCGGCUUCCUCCGCCCCCCGCGCCCGGCGCCCCGCUUCUCCUCGCCCUCGGCUUCGGGGCGUCGCCGCCGCAAUCAUGAUCUCCCUGACGGACACCCAGAAAAUUGGCAUGGGCCUCACCGGGUUUGGAGUUUUCUUCCUGUUCUUUGGGAUGAUUCUCUUCUUUGACAAAGCCCUAUUGGCCAUCGGAAAUGUUUUAUUUGUGGCUGGUUUGGCUUUUGUCAUUGGUUUAGAGAGAACGUUCAGAUUCUUCUUCCAGAAACAUAAAAUGAAAGCCACGGGCUUUUUCCUGGGCGGUGUGCUUGUGGUCCUGGUCGGCUGGCCUUUGAUAGGAAUGAUCUUCGAAAUCUAUGGAUUCUUUCUUUUAUUCAGGGGUUUCUUUCCAGUGGUGAUUGGCUUUAUUAGAAGAGUACCAGUUCUUGGGUCUCUCUUAAAUCUGCCUGGAAUUAGAUCAUUUGUAGAUAAAAUGGGAGAAAGCAACAAUAUGGUGUAAACACACCCAAGAAGACUCGUUUAAAAUAUUGUGUUAUUUAUAAAAACAAACAACAAAAACACAACAGCCCUUUGAAGAAUCUUCAGCACAAAGUUGAUGACAGGAAAUAGCUUGUCACGUGCUGUCUGGAAGUUUCGAAACUACCAAGCACCAAGGAGGAGCCACCUUCUAAUCAAGUGAUCUUAAGAACUUCAGCUGGGGCAGGGCGGAGUGAAGUCUGUUACGACUUUCUAGAACUUUCCACAAGCUGCGAAACACAACCAUCCAUCAACAAUUGAUGGCUCCUGUUACUUUUGAUGUUCUUUUCGUACUAUUAUUUGGGUUUUGCUGUUGUUGUUUUUAAGAUUCAAGAGCAUCAUAGGAAGGUUUUUGUUGUUGUUGUUUUGGUCUUUUUUCUUUUAAUGUCCGAUGUGUUGGGGAAAAAAAAAAACGUUUCCCUGUGCGCUGAGUCUCUUAACCAAGGGAGAGCGUUGGUGGCAUCAUUUUCAAGGAAAACCUACUUUUGCUAUCAAAAUCCCUUUUUUUUUCCUCUCAGAAACCAGGUUAAAAUAAAAACUGUGGUUCUGUAUAUUAAUGUUCUCAAACCAGCAAAAAAAAAAAAAAAAUCCAAUCUUUGCUGGAACACCUUAGAGUCAUUGGUUAGUAGGUUUUGGGGAGGGGUGGGGAUUUUGUUCCUGAAUUAGAGCUAUCUCAGUUAUAACCAUAUUAUUUGUAUGUAUCAUCAUCCCACCGAAGCCAAAAGCAUUCUAGAACAUGCUAUUGUCUGUUACACCCUUGUUUGACUGAAGAUGCUAAGUGAUGUGGAAAGCAAAUGGUUUUCCACGUCUUGCUGUCAUUUCUCGUCUUUUGUUUUUCUUCUUUAAUCUGUUGCUUCCAAAAUCCAACAAUAGCCCAGCAAUCGUAAUUCAAUCAGUUGCCCAAAUUAAUUGCUGCCCUUAUCAAAUUAAAUGCCUAAAUUAAAAUAACGUGGAUGGUUAAGAUUGGUACCAUGUUCUAGAACUUAACAACUGUUUUCAGAGGUCUGUCUGUGUAAUCUUGAGUUUUUCCCUCAUGAUCAGCAUUUUCCUGUACAAAUAGCUCACUGUCCACACGAGUUAGUGAAGAAAAUACCAAAUUCUCAUGUUGAAGUUAAAAGUGGCUAUGGUUUCUUCAAAACAUCAUACUCAGAAGAAAAAAAAAAAAAACUUAGAGUUUCAUUUAAUUUCUUCCUCCAUCAUUGAUGGACGAUAAUAAGGAUUUGCUUAAUUGGACAGUGGUAGAUUUAGUGGCAGAUUUCAGAGUACAUUUUAACAGCCACAUUUUCACUAAUUGCUUUACCCCUAACGAUGGCACUAUUUAUUUUUUUAUUUAACCCUCGCAAAGUUUUGACUGCAGGAGAAAAAUAACAUCCCAGUGGAAGGCUGUGAUGUUUAUUUGCCAACAGGUCUGCACAACGUUAGCGUAGCGUUUGUUACUGGUAGUUGCAUUGGAUGCAUUUCUGCAUCUUACCCGUGAAGCAUUGGUGUGCAUUGUAAAGGUUCAUUCUCGUGGAUUUUCCUGGUGUGGUUGGUUCUUGCGAUUUGAUUUCAUGAUGGAAUUGGUGAGGAAAAAAAAAGAUGGAAUAAAUGGAGACUCCUACCUCAAUUGAAAUGGAAUACAGAUGGAAGGCUGUGUCGGACGGUCUUCAAAAGGUCAUUGCGUUACUUGGAGAGUGUCAAAUUCAAUCGCGUUUGAGCACUGACUUCGACAGAUGUGCGUGGCCCGUGUUUCCAGAGCAACAUCUGUUGGCGAUGGAAAAGCCAUAGCAUCGGGCUCCACUACACUGUACAAGCCUCCUCUCCUACCGUCUUACCGCAGAAAAACAUGGCUGGACUUAAAAAGAUCUGAUCGUUUCUAGUCCUUAUGAAGACCCACAAAGGGGCAGGUGCAUGGCGAAUUCCAUGUGCGUUGGGCCACACAGCUAUCCCUGUUUACUAUUGCUGUUGUUGAGAGACCAGGAUUCGAACUCAGUACCUGACGUUUUUUUUUUUUUGCUCCACUGGCUGGCGCUCUACCACGUGAGCCACGCCCUCCCUCCCCGUGUGUUUCUUAACUCAGAAUCUUAGUGAGACUCUUUUUAUUUUUUAAAAACCCAUUUCCCCUUCCUGUCAGGAUUGUCCCUUCCCAAAUCGACCCCAUUUGAGUUUGUGGCAAAAAACAAACAAACAUAUAUUUGGAUUCUUUCAAGAUGGAAGAAAAGGUCUAACGCUACUUUAGCCUGAAGAGUUUGUUUCUUUCUUUCUUUUUUUUUUUUUGCCCUUAUCAAUUGUUAUUCCUGAAAUACUGCUGCUUUACAAAAAAAAACAAGUCUCACAGUCAGAUGAUAAAUAAUAACAAUUGAAUAUUGUAAAUACAUUUUGUCUUACCUCUCAAUAAAAGGGUACUUUUCUAU